GGACAAGAAAUGCUGCUCCGGCGCGGGAUCCAGGCGAUGCGAGCAAGGAUCGCUCCGGGCGCGCGAUGGAGCAGCAACAGCAGCAGCAGCUCCAGCGCGGUGCCGGAAGAUAGCGAUUGGUGGAUGGUUGAGGGAGAGUUGCUGAGCGUCCAGGAGAUUCGCACCGUCAAGAAAAAAGGGGAAGACGACGCAGCUCCAUCUCCAGGCCAGCAGCGGUAUACCAGGGUCAAUCACCUCUCCACAUUCCGGAUUGAUCCACAGAAAGAGGACCAGCGCCUCUACUGGAAGGCCUACAUGAACGUCUACGAGAAGGCGAGGGAUGAAUGGGAGAAAGUGGUGUGGGACGAGCCAAACGUUGUUCGCCGAGUGGAGGACUACUUCUUUGACGAGCCUCUGGCCAAGAAGAGGAAGAAGCCCAAGAGCGGGCAACUUGAGAGGAAACCAUUCUCCAUGGAAGAAAUCCAGGCCGCCAUCAGAGAAAACGUUCGUCAUCCCACCUCGGAUAAGAAGAUCGAAUACAGGACUGCGGAGGAUACCAAAUGGCCGUUUUAGCGAGAGGAAAGACGAAGCUUUUUGGAUUGAAUUCAUUUCCAAGUAUCAAAGUGGCGAACCAGUUAAUGAUCCAUCACUACAAAAAUGUCCAGACCAGAGUAAAUUACAUCCUCGAGGCAACUCUCUCAGUGCUGCCCACCGCUUCCAGAGUA